CUUUCUCUCCCCCGAGCAACACCAUCCCUUCAGCGCUGCCAUUGGACUGAUUCGCCCAUCGCAGCGACCAUGAUCUCAAUAUGUACGCGUUGCGCUCUGCGCAUCCAUCGUGCAUCGCAGCAAGAGACACAGCAGAUCGCCAGCCGCGCCUUUUCACAAGCAACUACACGCUCACGCGAGUUUCCGACCUUUGCAUACACAACGAACGACGACCUCAACGAUGCGCUAGCCAACCUCCGCAACAAGCAUCUCGUGCCUGCAUUUCUCAACAAGCGCGAGCAAAAGCUCAUCUUCUCGCCCAAGCAGAAAGAUUAUCUCAAGGAGAACCCGCAGACGAUUGAGCUCGGAGGGGAGGAAAUUGAACUACAAUGGAUAAACCGAUUGACAGACCGUCCGGCUCGAAAAGUCUUAACGCAACAAGCUCUGGAACAGAUCUUCGAGACGAGAGAUGACAAAGCGUGGACCAACGUCGCCAAAUUGUUGCAGGCGAACCAAAUUCUGAAGAAGCCGGUAGAUGAGCGAAUGCAAGCGAAGAUUGUGCGCAAGGCGCUGAACCAGGGAAAGAUCGCACAUAUUCUCGCGAUCCUGCAACAGAGUCAAAAGACUGGAAUGUCGCUUAAGACGCCUCAGGUUCUGGACACGCUGAUCCAGGGUUUCCGCGAUCUGGCACAGAGGACGAAUUGGGACAAGGCACACACUGAGAAGGCGCUGAAGGAAAUGAACCUGGUCGCGUUGAUGCUAGAGAGCGAAGAGCAUGGAGGUGGUGGACGACUAAGGAAAGACGAUCCACGGAGAAGUCCCAAGGUCCUUGGUGUCAUGCUGGAGUUGGCUGCUGUCCACGCAUACAAGCACCUAGAAGGCAAGGAUACCACUGGCGUCGUGCAUAGAUAUGCCGAUCGUCUUUUGAGCUGCAUGGACGACGCCUAUGUCGCUCCCUCGGAAGAGGCCCUGUACUUGUCAGAAAGAGGGCCGCAAACUUCGUUUCAGCAGUCCAUUCCCGUCCUGCAUGGCACGUUCCUUGCGAACAAGAUGCUGGGUGAGAAAAUGCCACAGGCCGAGAAGGCGCGACAGGUCAUUACCAACUAUGAAGCACGGCUGUCUGGGCUGGCUGCUGUGUUAGAGAGCAGAGCCUCGGAGAAGGGAACAUACGACUAUGUAGCACUCGAGUCGUGGCAGAAGAUGAUUCGGGAUUAGACCAAUGCCACAGCACUGCAUAUUAGCAACAGAUGUACAGCGCAAAAUGUACGAUACGACUUGUAUAUCACCUGGCUCGACACACCAUCAUCUUCUCCCUCGAAGGCUUCGCUGGAUGUCAUAUCUGCAACUGAAAUGAAAUUGUGGCCGAGCAUCCACCGUUGCCACCUUCUCCAGCACUUACCGCAGUCUGCUUUCAGUUGGUCGGCGGCUGUGCAGUGUUGAGUCACCGGCUUCAGCAGUGUGGAUGUUCUUUGUCAUCGUGUUAUAUACUUUGCGCCUGCGAAGUCCCA